AUGGAAGUGGAACUGAUUGAUAGGAUAUUUGUCAAGCCUGAAGCUGAGAUGAUUUGUGCCAUCCCUAUUAGUUGUCUUGGGGCUAAUGAUAAGAUGUUUUGGGGUUUCUCAAAGAAGGGUAAGUUUACUGUGAGGAGUACUUACCAUGCUGAGGUUCAAUGGCAGUAUGAGAGAAGAGGGAGCACAUCUGAGGUAAGAAAAGAUGCAGAGCAGUGGAAGAAUUUGUGGUCGAUGGAUGUACCUGGUGGUCGUAGGCACUUUGUAUGGAAUGCCUUAAAUAAUGCUUUGCCCACGAAGUCUAACUUGUUCAAAAGAAAGGUGACUGAGGACUCUUUGUGUCCUAUGUGUAGAAGGGAAGAAGAGGACGUGCAACAUGCUCUAUGGUGUUGUCCUGCAGCUGCUGAUGUAUGGGAUGAAAACAGUAGUCAUGUGAGAAAGUGGCUGAACCAGAUUCAUGAUUUUUCGAGAUUGUGGUCUGAGUUGAGUAACAGGCUGUCAAAUGGGUGUUUGGAAAGGGUUGUAGCUAUCAUGAGGGGUAUAUGGGGGAGGAGGAAUGCUUUUGUCUUUGAAGACAAGUUUGCCAGUCCUGGCCAUGUGGUGAGAACAACCUUAGCUGGGUUGGAAGAGUAUCAGGAAGCUAAUGCAAAAAUGGAAGGAAGUCGAGUGAGGUGUGAAGCAAGGAGGGAAAGAAGAAGAUGGCAAAUACCUGUGGGGGAUAAUUGUAAGCUUAAUUUUGAUGCGGCUGUUGAUCUAAAUAACAGGAGGAUUGGUAUUGGAAUUAUUGUUAGGGAUUGCAAUGGAGAUAUUCUGGCUGCAGUUUGA